CUCUCUCUCUCUCUAAAAGACUCGUUCUCUGGUUUUUCUUGCUUUAUAGCUUUGUAGUCUUUUUCUUUUCCCGGAAAAGUUUCUCUCUCGCUCUAGAAUUCAUGUCGCAGGACAAGGGUCGACCGCUGCCAAAAUUUGGUGAUUGGGAUGUCAACGAUCCUGCUUCAGCUGAGGGAUUUACUGUGAUUUUUAAUAAGGCUAGGGAUGAAAAGAAGACGGGUGGCAAACCAGAGUCACCAGGAAAGGGUGAUCCUCAAAUUAAGCCUGGAGUGGAUCCUGGCAAGCCUCAGCCUAAAAAAUGGUUUUGCUGCAUUCAAGACCCACCUACACAAUCCUGAUAAGUUCCUUACUGUGUGAGCGCUUCAACAUAAGAGAGCAUGUUUUUCUGUAACUAGCUCCACCAUAUUGCCCCAAAGAAGAUGGGAGCUGUAGAGCCAUGGUGGCCUCUGCUGGAAUUUAGUGUGUGCUGUAAAACGAUUUGUGGUGAGGGAAUAGGUAAAGAAGACAAGUACUUAUUGUAUCUAUAUGCACUGCUGUUGUGGUUUAUUUAUUAGAAGCCAAGCUAUUUCUUCCCAUAUGUGCCUUGUAUUACGCUAGUGCUGUAGAGCUUUGCUUGUGAUGUCUUUUCUCUUGUUAUUUGUAUUAUCAAAUUGGCCUUGUUCAUGAUAUAAUUUUAUUUUAUUUUUUUUA